UUUUCCACCCCGAUCCCUCCCUCUCUUCUACCUCCGGAUCCGCCACCUCCACUACGUUGUUCUCCGGAAUCCCGCCUCCUAAACAUUUCUCCCGUCGGCCGGCCGGAAGGGAAGGACCUCGCCGGUGUCUUCGCCGCAGAACAAGUCGAUUAGAUCGACGACAAGUCGCGGUCUUUGCCCACUUGGUGACCGAGAAUUUUCCACCGCGUGCAGUUUGAUUCAUGUGAACAAAGAGCGGCACCGAAUCGAAUCGAAUCCAAUCCAGUUGAAGACUUUCUCGCCGAGCUGGGCCGAUCGACGGACAUGGACAUGGACAUGGACAUGGAGGGGGGCUCGCAGUCGCAGCCGCAGGGCGCCUCGCUCUCGCCGGCGCCGUUCCUGAUCAAGACCUACGAGAUGGUGGAGGACCCGGCGACCGGCCGCGUGGUGUCGUGGGGCCCCGGCGGCGCCAGCUUCGUGGUGUGGAACCCGCCCGACUUCUCCCGGGACCUGCUGCCCAAGUACUUCAAGCACAACAACUUCUCUAGCUUCAUCCGGCAGCUCAACACCUACGGUUUCCGGAAGAUCGACCCGGAGCGAUGGGAGUUCGCGAACGACGACUUCAUCAGGGGGCACAUGCACCUCCUGAAGAACAUCCACCGGCGCAAGCCGGUGCACAGCCACUCGCCGCAGAACCAGGUGAACGGGCCGCUGGCGGAGUCGGAGAGGCGCGAGUACGAGGAGGAGAUCAGCAGGCUCAAGCACGAGAACAGCGUGCUCGUGGCAGAGCUCCAGAGGCAGGCGCAGCAGCAGUGCGGUCUCAGCUGGCUGAUGCAGUCGCUGGAGGAGCGGCUGCUGGCGAUGGAGCAGCGGCAGGCGGACGUCGUGGCCUCCGUGCGUGACAUCCAGCAGAGGAGACGAGGCGACGUUCAUCCAGGGCAGCAGACCAUGCUGGAACUGGAGCCGACAGACCAUUUCAGCAAGAAGAGGAGGGUCCCGACGAUCGGUUUCUUCGCCGAGGAGCCCGCCGCGGCGGCCGAGGAGCAGCUGCGGGCGACUGGUGGUGAGACGCCGGGCAUGGUCAUGGUGAACGCCGAGCCUUUUGAGAAGAUGGAGCUGGCCCUGGUCUCCAUGGAGAAGCUCGUCCAGAGGGCGGGCAACUAUGCGCCCUCUGAAGACAUGUUCAGCGCUGCUACUGCUUCUGCUUCUGCUUCUGCUGCACCCAGCACUGAUGAUCCGGCUCAUGCAGGUCUGCAGGAAGCACCAGUGGAGACCGGAGUAGAUCUUCAGCCAACUUCACCGGAGCUAGCAGAGCCUCCGGGUUAUGCUGUCCAGAGUCCAAUGCUACUAUUCCCAGAAAUUCAAGAAGACAAGCGCAAUACAACGGCCGAAGUCGACAUGAGCUCCGAGGCCAGCACCACAGACACUUCGCAGGACGAGACGAACGCCGAGGCCGAGACUCCACAUGAACAGGCCGUGGCGAACGAUCUGUUCUGGGAGCGGUUUCUGACAGACACGCCGAAGCCGCCAGCCGUCGAGGAUAGCCAUGAAUCCAAGGACGGUGUGAAGAUGGGCCUAGACUGCUACUGGUUCGGUCACCGUAACAAUGUCGACCAGAUCACCGAGCAGAUGGGGCACCUCGCUUCUGCACAGAAGAUCUGAUGGCUGGCCUACCAUUUCCGCUCAUGUAUGGCCCAUCCGUAAAUUAUACUCCCUCUGUUCCGAAUUACUUGUCUCGGAUAUGGAUGUAUCUAGAACUAACAUACAUCUAGAUACAUCCAUUUCUACGACAAGUAAUUCCGAACAGAGGGAGUAGUUUAGCCCGUCUCGCAUGCCCUCAUACUCUACAAGCAUCUCCUUUCAGAUAUAUUGUACGGUAUAUAGCUCCUCGUCACACACUGUGCACAUUUGUAAAUUAUUAGUCGCCAUGAUACAAUUUUGUAGUACAGUGCCCUGACUUGUCGUGUGUAUGCUUUGUUCCUGCUAAAAUAAUCUCC